GACCUUGAACGUCGAGGACGUCGUCGAACGCUUGCCCGUGAUACCUGCGCGCUUACUGCGUCGCAGCCGAGGCCGGUCGUCAACGUCAUCCCUGCUGAUCAAGGCGACACCAUGACAAGCGCAUUAUCAGUGUCUUGAACCCUCCUCUCAUCCUCUUCACCAUGUCCGCCAAAUCCGCCCUCAUCAUCGGCGCCACCGGCCAGACCGGCGGUCACCUCCUCAAGGAGCUCCUCGCGUCGCCGCACUUCUCCAAGGUCGGCGAGUACGGCAGGCGCGUUACCGCGCCGGAGUCGCUCGCGGAGGGCAAGGAGAAGCUCGAGCAAAAGACGAUCGACUUCGAGAACCUGUCCGCUGCGGGACUGAAGGAUGGCAAGUGGGAUGUGGUCUACGUUACCUUGGGCACGACGCGCAAGAAUGCUGGCAGCGCGGAGAAGUUCGAGAAGAUAGAUCGCGAGUAUGUCAUCAACGCUGCCCGCGAGGCCCGCGUCGAGGGCCAAGCACAGCGCGUUGUCUAUCUUUCUUCCGCCGGCGCCAACGCCCAGUCCUAUUUCCUGUACCCAAGGAGCAAGGGCCUCACUGAGAUAGGGCUCGCCAAGCUCGGCUACGAUGACACCAUCAUCUUCCGCCCAGGCAUGCUCGUCGGUACCAAGCGCCCAGAGACACGUCUCGCGGAGUCUGCUUUUGGGGUCUUUACCGGCAUAUUGUCAAAGGUCUCCAACAGCCUGGAGAUAAAUGUCGCUACCCUCGGCAAAGCCAUCGCCACAGCCGGUGUCCUGGGCUCCGGGGCUCUGCCUGCGGAAGCACACGCGUCGAAGGAGACGCACGAGGGCGCGACAUUCACGGUCAUUAGCAACGCGGGCGCGUUGGCGUUGGCGAAGCAUGCGGUAUAGGCUGAAUUCAGGAAUGUAGUGUAGGGGUUGUGUACGAAGGAUAGGCCGUAGUCCGGAACGUUGUAGAUCGGCAUAGGCGAAUGGAUAAGGUGUAUUUUCAUAGUAAUUGCGCCUAGGUCAUGUUGAAUACGCAGUGGAUCUGCUCUUUUCAUCGAGAGGCAGAGAC